UUUAGAAACAUUUGAAAUUUAACUAAAAUGACAACUUUUUUCUACUGUUCAAUGUGUUCAACACCAGUACUAAAUAUUUUAAAGCUAUACAGGCAUUACAGUAAUUACCAUUUACAUGAUUUUAAUUUAAAGAUAAACUGCUGUUAUUCAACUUGUAAUAAAAGUUUUAAAAAGCUUCACAGUUUUCAACAGCAUGUGAGGAGAACGCAUGGAACUGAUAAUGACCCAAAACCAACACUUAGCACAUCAGUUAUAAUUGAGGAUUUAUCAGCUCGGUUAUCAGAAAAUUUAAUUCAGGACACCGAUUUUCCAAGUCUUUUUUUACAGAUAAUGUCUCAAUUGAAAAAGUCUUUAGGUCAUAUGUUUCUAAAAUUAAGGGAAAAACAUGUAGUUGCAAGCCAAGUUCAUGUUGACUUAGCAAUUGAUAUAAGGGAAGUGUUUACUGUUUUCUUUUUGUCAUAUAAUAGUUUGAUAAAGCAGUUUAUUCAACAAAAUGAUGUUGUCAAUUUAGUUCAUAUAUUAGACAAUGACUAUCUCUAUGAUGUAUUUUCUUAUUUUAUUCAUGAGUAUCAAUUGAUUAAUUUUUGUAAGACUGAUUUAAAAAUGGUGGAGCCACAAGAAAAAAAAAUUACAGUUUCAGACGGAAUUACUUAUAAAUACCACUACAUUAGUGUAAAAGAUAAUCUGGAAAGAGUUUUGGGUAUAGAAGAUAUAUUUAAUGAGUUUUUUCACGUAACUGAAAACCCUAUUGGUAUUAUGUAUGACUAUUGUGAUGGAGAAAUUUACAAAAGACAUUCUUUUUUUACAAAACAUCCUACUGCUAUUCGUGUUCAUUUGUUUAUUGAUGAAUUUGAAACUGUUAACCCUUUAGGUUCUAAAAAAGGCAAACAAAAACUUUGUGGUGUAUAUUACACUAUUGGAAAUUUACAUCCUUGUUAUUGCUCAAUAACAUUUCAAAUACACCUUUUCAUCCUGUUUAGCUCUAAAAUACUGCAGUUUUCAUCUUAUCAUGAUGUAUUAAAACCGCUCGUUGAUGAACUUAUAUCUUUAAUGAAUUCUUAUGUGACUGUUAUUCAGGGAGAAACUAAACACAGUCUUCAUGUUUGUAUUGCUCAGUAUCUGCAGACAAUUUAGGGGCCCAUUCGCUUGAUGGUUUUAGAUGCUGUUUCAGUUCUGGUAGAAUUUGUUGAUUUUGUUUAGUUGAUCAUAAAACCAUAUCUUUGAGAUACAAAGAAGAUUCUUGUUCGUUAAAAACAAUGUCUAAUUAUAACACUCAUCUGCAAGCAGUUAAAAGUUAUUCUGCAAAUAAAGCAAUAUUUGGAAUAAAUAAAUCAUGCAGUUUAGACAGAUUGCCUUACUUUAAUGUUAUUGAAUCCUUUCCACCAGACUUACAUCAUGACAUUCUAGAGGGGAUAGUUCCGCUACUUCUGAAAUUGACAAUCCAAAAACUGAUUGAGAAUAAGAUCAUAAAUUUAAUCCAGUUAAACUAUGAAAUAAAAACAUUUCCAUAUGGAUUUCAUGAUUCAAGAAAUGUCCUAUGUGAAAUACGCAACCAUUUGAUUUCUGCUAAUGGUCAUUUCUCUGGAAAAGCUUCAGAAAAUUGGUGUCUUUUUAGAAAUUUUCCAAUAAUUAUUAUUGAUUAUCUUUCUAUCCAUGGUGAUAAUUUCCAAUCGUAUUAGGAAGUCUUUUUGCUGUUUCGUCAAACAUGUGACAUUUUAUUUUCUUUUACAAUUAAAUGUGAUCAAAUUACAUAUUUAACAUACCUCAUUGAAAAUUUCUUGUAUAUGUUUAAUAUUGAAUAUCCUGACAAAAUGACUCCGAAAAUGCAUUAUCUUAUACAUUACCCAAGAAUGCUGUGUUUAUUUGGCCCUUUGAGACAUUUAUGGUGUAUGAGGUUUGAAUCCAAGCACAAUUAUUUUAAAAGGUUGUGCCACAUUAUCUCCAACUUCAAAAAUAUUACUUUUACAUUAUCAAAGCGACAUCAAAUAAGACAAUGUGCAGAUUUAAACUUUGAUGAUUGUCUGCGAAACAAUGAAGAUGAGAAGAAUUGAGUUACAAUAUCAACUUUGUGUCUUCCAAAAAAUAUUCAAGGUAAACUGUUUGAUUAUUUUGGAUAUAAUAUUAGUGAAAUAUUUAAAGCUACAAGUGUAUCUAUUAAUCAUGUAACUUAUUAUGUUAAGGACUAUCUUGUUUUAUCGCUUCAAGAUGAUGGAAUUCCUAUUUUUUUAUGCAUAUCUUAUCUGCUUAAACACUCUGAAAGAGGAAGAUAUAGAUGGUACAGUUUUGCUGGACAUAGAUGACUAUACAUUAAAGGAGCUUAUUCCCAUUAUUAAAUUAAGAAUAACAUUUAAAAAAGAAUGGCAAAGAACUCAUAUUGCCAAAUUUUCUGAUGAAUGCAAUAUCCAGCAAAAAAUUAAACUUCAACGUUCCUGGAAUAUCAAAAUUGAAGACCUCCUUUUUGGAUGUAUUGUUUGAUGAUAUAAAAUCCAGAUAUGGUCUGUAUCCAAGUAAUUCACAAUUGUAUGAAUUAGCACAUGAAGUGAUUCUACGUUUUCCAAAUGUCAAGCCAACACAUGGAAA